AUGACUCAGCAGCCGCAGGAGGGCUUCGCCAGGAGCAUGGGGGACGCCCAGGAGUGGAUGAAGGCUGUGCAGGAGCGGCUGCAGAUCAAUGACAACACCCAGGGGCCCCGUGCAGCCCUGGAGGCCAGGCUGCGGGAGACCGAGAAAAUAUGCCAGCUAGAGCCAGAGGGCCGCGUGAAGGUGGACAUGGUGCUGCGGGCGGCCGAAGCCCUCCUGGCAUGCUGCCAUGAGGACCAGAAGCCUGAGAUCCUGACCCAGCUGAAGGACGUCAAAGCCCAGUGGGAGGAGACGGUCACCUACAUGACCCACUGUCACAGCCGUAUUGAGUGGGUGUGGCUGCACUGGAGCGAGUACCUGCUGGCCCGGGAUGAGUUCUACCGCUGGUUCCAGAAGAUGACGGUGGUGCUCGAGCCCCCUGUGGAGCUGCAGCUGGGCCUGAAGGAGAAGCGCUGGCAGCUGAGCCACGCCCAGGUGCUGCUUCAGAACGUGGACAAUCAGGCCGUGCUCCUGGACCGGCUGCUGGAGGAGGCGGCCUCCCUGUUCAGCAGGAUCGGGGACCCCAGCGUGGACGAAGACGCGCAGAAGAUGAAGGCCGAGUACGACGCGGUGAAGACCAAAGCCCAGAACAGGGCGGACCUGCUGGAGCGGGUGGCCCAGGAGCAUGAACAUUUCCAGGUGAGCGUGGACGAGUUCCAGCUGUGGCUGAAGGCGGCGGUGGAGCGGGUGCAUGGCUGCAUGGGGCGCAGGCGCCAGCUGAGCACCAAGGACCGCCUCUCGGCGCUGCAGGACAUCGCCAGUGACUUUCCCAGGGGCGAGGAGUCUUUGAAGAGGCUGGAGGAGCAGGCCGGGGGCGUCAUCCAGAGCACCUCCCCUCUGGGUGCAGAGAAGAUCACCAGAGAACUGGAGGACAUGCGGAAUGUUCUGGAGAAGCUGCGUGCACUCUGGGAGGGGGAGGAGGGGCGGCUGCGGGGCCUGCUGUGGUCCAGGGGAGCCUACGAGAAGCAGAGGAGGCAGCUGGAGGCCGAGCUGGCAGAGUUCAGGAAGGGCCUUCAGAGGCUGGCGGAGGAGGACCUGGAACCCACGGCCAAAGCAGGGUCCCAGGACGAGCUGGUGGCCCGCUGGAGACUCUACUCGGCCACGCGGGCGGCGCUGGCCGCAGAGGAGCCUCGGGUGGACCGGCUGCAGGCCUGGCUGAAGGAGCUCAUCGUGUUCCCCGAGGACCCGCAGCCCCUCGCGGGCAGCGUGAUCUCUGCCAUCCAGGAGCACCAGAGCAUGAAAGCCAAGAGCAGCAGGCUGCGUAAUGCCGCGGGCGUGGACCUGUGGCGGCAUUUCCAGCGGCCUCUGCAGGAGCUGCAGCUGUGGAGGGCUCUGGCCCAGAGGAUCGUGGAUGUCACCGCCAGCCUGCCGGACCCGCCCUCCAUCCACACCUUCCUGCCGCAGAUUGAGGCGGCCCUGGCGGAAAGCUCCCGCCUGAAGGAGGAGCUGACGAUGCUGCAGCUGAAGAAAGACCUGCUGGGCGGCAUCUUUGGCCAGGAGAGAGCCACGGCCCUGCUGGAUCAGGUGGCAACUUCCGUGAGGGACAGAGACUUACUGCACAACCGACUUCUGCAGAGAAAGAGCAAACUGCAGAGCUCACUCGCUCAACACAAAGAUUUCGGAGCGGCUUUUGAUCCCCUGCAGAGAAGGCUCUCAGACCUCCAAAUCAGGGUCCACGCUGAGAAUGGGCUUCAGCGGGACCUUCCUGGGAAACAGGCCCAGCUUUCGAGGUUGCAGGGGCUACAGGAGGAGGGGCUGGAUCUGGGGGUGCAGGUGGAGGCCAUGAGGCCUCUCGUCCAGGGUCACUCCCACCACCAGCACAGAAUGGACCAGCUCUCCUCUGACCACCAGACCCUGCACAGGUCUCUGGAGGACCUUGUGGACACGUGCCGGCAGAGCGUGCGGGAACAUUGCACCUUCAGCCACGAGGUUCUGGAGCUGCGACAGUGGAUCUCCGUGCUUACGCAGAAGCUGGAGGCCCACCGCGUAGACACGGGCCCAUGGGAUGCCCAGUCCCGAGAGGUCGAUGUCGAGAAGCUGCUGGACGAAUUCCCCGCCAAGGAGGCCCAGCUGCCCCUGAUUGAAGCACGCGGCCGGCUGGUGAUGGAGAAGUCUUCUCCGGAGGGGGCUGCUGUGGUCCAGAAGGAGCUUCAGGAGCUGGUGGAGUCUUUGGGGGCCCUGAGGCUGCUGAGGGGAAGCCUGCUGAGCCUCAUCAGAAACCGGCAGCUGCAGGGGAUGGAAGUGGAUUCGGGGAAGAAAAUGAUUUUCACCAACAACAUCCCAAAGACUGGGUUUCUCAUCACCCCCACGGAUCUUAUUUUCCGACACCACCGUCAGACAAAUGUGCUUCAGGAGGAGGAAGCCAGCUGUGAAGAUUUCUCCCAGCUCCUGAGGAGCUUUGAGCACUGGCUGCAGGUGGAUAAUUCCAAGUUGGUUAGAAUCAUCGCCAUGAGAACUGCCACCGCCAAGGACCUGAGGACCAGAGAAGCAAAACUGCAGGAGCUGGAGGCUCGGGUACCAGAAGGUCAGCAUCUCUUUGAAAACCUCCUUCGUCUCAGGCCAGCAAGGGGGUCCUCAGAUAAGCUGGAGGAUCUGCGCUACCGGUGGAUGCUCUACAAGUCCAAACUAAAGGACUCCAGCCACCUGCUUACGCAGAAUUCUCCAGGGGAGCCGACUGGAUUCCAAAAGACUCAGCGGUGGCGAGGGCUCGGCUCCCUCUGCCGGAAGGUGUGCUGCGUGGCGCUCCCCCUGCAGCUGCUGCUGCUGCUCUGCCUGCUGCUGCUCUUCCUGCUUCCCGUCAGGGAGGCAGACCGCAGCUGCACGCUGGCCAACAACUUUGCCCGCUCCUUCACGCUCACGCUCCGCUACGACGGCCCCCCGCCCACCUAG